CGCGUGAACAUCCUGCAGACAGUGGAUUGAAAUUUCUAAAGCUCUCAGAGUUGUCAACAAAUCUCUGCGGAGCUGCAUAUCCACAUUAGCAUCGAGCAGACCCAAUGUGAACCUCUUGCAUGCAGAAGAACCGCUUCAGCUGUGCUCAAAUAAGCGCCUUUCAGUGCUAGCAGAGCGCUUGGUGGAAGUUUCUGCCUCUUUUCUCUCAUCGGUGUCGCUUUAGCUAGUUAGCGUAUCUCCACAGCCGCCCGGAUGCGGUGAAGCCCCGCAGUUUUACCUUCAGCUCUGGCCUUCCGACGUGCGCGAACGGCUUCAAUCAUGUCAAGCACUCGGCAGCAGCAGCAGUCCGGCGGUGCAGCGGGGUCCGUCCCCGGGACGAGCUCUGGAAGUAUGAGUAGCAGUAGCGGCGGCGGCGCCGGUGGAGUGAACAGCGGGAGUAGCGGCGCUCAGAACGGGAACAGCCCGGCUAACGGGGUGUCCUCGCGGACUCUGGGCUCGGUAGCCGAGGGACAGAGCGCUCGACUGGGCUCGUCGAGCAGGAAAAGACCCUUGUACAACGGUCUGAUCAAUCCGUAUGAGGACAAGAGUAAUGAUUUUGUAUGCCCUAUAUGUUUUGAGAUGAUAGAGGAAGCUCACAUGACAAAGUGUGGCCACAGUUUCUGUUAUAAAUGUAUACGACAGAGUUUGGAGGACAGCAACAGAUGCCCAAAAUGUAAUUAUAUCAUUGAUAACGUGGAUCAACUCUACCCCAACUUCUUAGUGAAUGAACUAAUCCUAAAACAAAAACAAAGAUCUGAAGAGAAGCGUCUGAAACGGGAUCACCCUAAUGGAACCAAAUGGCAGGUUUUCCAAGACGUCCUUGGUGCAGAUCAAGAGAAUAUGGAUUUAGCCAAUGUCAACUACAUAUUGGAGUACCUGUUGCAAAAAAAGAAACAACUGGAGGCGGAAUCACAAGCUGCUCAGCGCCAGAUCUUAAUGGAGUUCCUGAAAGAAGCCAGAAGAAAUAAAAGAGAGCAACUGGAGCAGUUACAAAAAGAACUGAACUUUUUGGAGGAGGAUAUCAAACGAGUUGAGGAAAUGAGUGGUAUGUACACAGUGAGUGAAAUGGACCCCAAUUUAGACAGUACUGUACCCCAGUUUGAAGCUCCCUCUCCUGCACCCAGCAGUAGCAUAAUAGACCCCACAGAAUACAUGCAGCACCCUUUUGGUGGAAGCACACAGGGUAAAAGACAAACUUGGUACAACAGCACUCUGGCGUCACGGCGUAAGAGACUGACGGCACACUUUGAGGAUCUGGAGCAGUGUUAUUUCUCCAAUAGGAUGUCUCGAAUAACGGAUGACAGCAGGACUGUUAACCAACUGGAUGAUUUCAUGGAGUGUCUAUCAAAAUUUACCCGUUACAACUCUGUGAGGCCUCUGGCCACCCUAUCUUACGCUAGUGACCUCUAUAAUGGCUCCAGUAUUGUGUCCAGCAUUGAGUUUGACCGCGACUGUGAUUACUUUGCCAUUGCCGGUGUCACUAAGAAAAUUAAAGUGUUUGAGUACGGCACUGUGAUCCAGGAUGCUGUGGACAUUCAUUAUCCUGUCAACGAGAUGACAUGUAACUCUAAAAUUAGCUGUAUCAGCUGGAGUAGCUACCACAAAAAUCUGUUAGCGAGCAGCGACUAUGAGGGCACUGUCAUUCUUUGGGAUGGGUUCACAGGACAGAGGUCAAAGGUCUACCAGGAACAUGAAAAGCGGUGUUGGAGUGUCGAUUUCAACCUUAUGGAUCCCAAACUCUUAGCAUCAGGAUCAGAUGACGCAAAAGUCAAGUUGUGGUCCACCAACCUGGACAAUUCAGUAGCCAGCAUUGAAGCGAAGGCCAAUGUAUGCUGUGUAAAGUUCAGUCCAUCCUCUCGAUAUCACCUUGCCUUCGGAUGUGCAGACCACUGUGUGCACUACUAUGACCUGAGAAACACUAAGCAGCCCAUCAUGGUUUUCAAAGGCCACAGGAAAGCAGUGUCCUAUGCCAAAUUUGUCAACGGAGAAGAGAUUGUGUCUGCAUCAACGGACAGCCAGCUGAAACUCUGGAACGUGAACAAGCCUCAUUGUUUGCGCUCAUUUAAAGGCCACAUAAACGAGAAGAACUUUGUGGGUCUGGCAUCUAAUGGAGACUAUGUAGCAUGUGGAAGUGAAAACAACUCACUGUACUUGUACUACAAGGGGCUCUCCAAGACGCUGCUGACUUUCAAGUUUGAUACUGUGAAGAGUGUCCUGGACAAGGAUAAGAAAGAGGACGACACCAAUGAGUUUGUCAGUGCGGUGUGCUGGCGAGCUCUACCUGAUGGGGAGUCAAAUGUGUUGAUUGCAGCCAACAGUCAAGGAACAAUCAAGGUACUUGAGCUGGUCUGAAGGUCCACUCCAGUCUGUUGUCAGAACCUACUAAAGAACUGUUGCUUCACUGGUCGGUCGAUGCAAGGGCGCUGAAGCUGGGUGGAACUGAAGCAAACAUUUCCAAGAAAACAACCAGCAGAACUGGUUUUUAUCAGCAUUAUAUUUGUAAAAGACUCAAUCAUUUUGCGUCGUCAUACUAUCGCUGUAUGUGAAAUGUUGAGAUGAGGACCUGUUUGUGCUGACAGGGAGACGGGCGCAAAUGCCUCUUUUUGAAUAAAGUUGUUGAAUAAAGGUAUUAAGGAGUUAUUGGAGAAUAGGUGAACAUCUUUAAACCUGGAGGGGAAGACACAUUCUCAAACCUUUACUAGAGGUAAUUCUAGCCAGAAAAAGAGCUAUGAGACAUUUAAGGCCAAAGCACAAGACCAUAACACAAUGAAAUACUUUUAGUUCUAUAAAUUAGCUGUCUUUGAUUCCUUUGAGCCUGUUGUAUCUAUUUACUUGUUCAUUUUGUUUUUGAUACAGUGUGUGUCUGUUUAUCCAUAAGAUAUGUGUAAGCUUUGGCAUAUUCCGGUGGUCUCCCCAAAUUAAAUUACAGGACCUUUUUUAGCUUUUCUGUUGGUUAAGUGGACAUGCUUAUAUCAAGGGUAUUUUUUUUUUUAAGUAUACAAGAUGUACUCUUAAUUUGGCAUUUACCGCAUUUUGAAAUGAUUUCAUUAUUGUAAAUCCCAGGAAGUCCUAUACUCAUCAGACAACCUUUGCAUGAGAUUCUUCUCAGAUCUAAUAUUUUGCCUUUUUGUCAGUGAUUCCUGACAAAUGUGAGUUUGCAGGCAUGGACGGUUGCCCAGGGCUCUUUCACGUGGUCAAAAUUUGUCAAAAACGGAGUAAAUUAGAACUCUUCAAAGGUUUAAUGACACUAUGUAUACUUCAUUGGGAUUAGUUAACAUCACCCGUAACAUUGCUGCUCUUUCAUCUUUGAGUUCUUGUACAAGUGUUAUUUAUUUUAAUAAUUUAUAGAAAUUGUGUGAACAUUGAACCCAUAAUAGACUUUAGGUUUCAAGCUUUAUUUGUAAGUCCUCUGUUGCAUCCUAGUAAUUCUGUUUAUUUACUCAUUUUAACACAUUAAUUUGAAUGAAUAAAUGAUUCUUUUUUUUCCUUU